AAGAGAAAGUCAAAAAGAAAAGCAACAAAGAAAAGAUCAAAAAGAUCACGAACACCGUAAUGCCAAAGUUGUUUAAGAAAAAUAAAUCUAAAGGGAAAUCGAAAAAGCUUGGACGCAGCAACGAACCAACAUCCUCAAACAAAGAACAGUAUGAUUUGGUCUCGUUUAAACCGAAGGGUCAUGGUCAACCCGAAGCACAGAUAACUUUCAAUAAGAAAGAUAACAAUCAAUAUUAUGAUGGGUCAUGGGACGAUGAAUCGUAUCCUCAGGAUGAUACAACAGCUGAUUAUGGAGCAGCUGAUUAUAACCACGAUGAAUACGAUGAAUACGGCCAGAUGGUUGUGCCGAAAGGUUUGACUCUUCAGAGACAUUUCGUCAACGAAACGGAACUUGACGAUACCAUUCUAAAUAUGGCUGAAGAGGAGUAUGAGUGGAACAGUUCAUAAGAUGAUAUUUAGAGACUUGACAUGUCUGACUAAAUCACAUGCUAUCAGUUUUUGUUAUUAUCGGCUAUGCUAUGAUCGGUGAAAUGAAGAUGGUUGUUUCGCGUCCAUCUUAACUGGUCGCCCGGAGCAU